UAUAUAUGCCUCCUUCGAUUUUCUCUCCUCUCCUCUCCUCUCUAUCUUUGCUUCUUUAUUGUAUAGAUAUAUACUUUACAUAUAUACAUAUAUUCUCUCUAUUCAUCGUCGCUAUGGCAGCUAACGGCGUUAGUUCUGGUUUAAUCGUGAGCUUCGGCGAGAUGUUGAUUGAUUUCGUGCCGACGGUCUCCGGCGUUUCCCUUGCCGAGGCUCCGGGGUUCUUGAAGGCUCCCGGCGGUGCACCGGCAAACGUCGCCAUCGCAGUGACUAGGCUUGGGGGAAACUCGGCGUUCGUCGGGAAACUCGGCGACGAUGAGUUCGGCCAUAUGCUCGCCGGGAUACUCAAACAAAACGGCGUCCAAGCCGACGGGAUCAACUUCGACAAAGGCGCGAGAACGGCGUUGGCGUUCGUGACCCUACGCGCCGACGGAGAGCGUGAGUUUAUGUUCUACAGGAAUCCCAGUGCCGAUAUGUUGCUCACUCCCGACGAGUUGAAUCUUGAUGUUAUUAGAUCUGCUAAGGUGUUCCACUACGGAUCGAUUAGUUUGAUAGUGGAGCCAUGCAGAUCAGCACAUUUGAAGGCAAUGGAAGUGGCAAAGGAGGCAGGGGCAUUGCUCUCUUAUGACCCAAACCUCCGUUUGCCGCUGUGGCCGUCGGCAGAGGAGGCGAGGAAGCAAAUCAAGAGCAUCUGGGACAAGGCAGAUGUGAUCAAGGUGAGUGAUGUGGAGCUGGAAUUCCUAACUGGAAGUGACAAGAUUGAUGACGAAUCUGCCAUGUCCUUAUGGCAUCCCAAUUUGAAGCUCCUCUUGGUCACCCUUGGCGAUAAAGGCUGCAAUUAUUACACUAAGAAUUUCCAUGGAGGCGUUGAGGCAUUCCAUGUGAAGACUGUUGACACUACCGGAGCUGGUGAUUCUUUUGUUGGUGCCCUUCUAACCAAGAUUGUUGAUGACCAAUCCAUUCUUGAGGAUGAAGCAAGGCUGAAGGAAGUACUAAGGUUUGCAUGUGCAUGUGGAGCUAUCACAACAACCAAGAAAGGAGCAAUCCCAGCUCUUCCUACUGAAUCUGAAGCCCUCACUUUGCUUAAGGGAGGAGCAUAGGACGAAGAUGAUGUUACCCUUUUAAUUCUUUUUAAUCGUGAUAUAUUUCGAUCCUUUACGAGUUUUUCCUUUCAAUCAAUCAAGGUAGUUUCAGCCUUUCAUUUUUCACUUUCGGGGUUUCGCAUUUUAAUGGUUUCUUGUAAUGAUGAAAGACAUUGCAUUAAGUCACUUAAUAAACUAAGCUUUCUUCCUAUUGA